AUGAAAGUCCUUUGUCUUCUAGUUGGAAAGGAUUAUUGGGCCUCUAGAAGUCUAGGCGCUGUUACUCUAAAAGUGAAAAGAUAACUUUCAUUUAAUAACUCGAGUGGGAGUGGGGCUUUCAGGUAAUAAGUUUUGUCUUGUUUUCCCACUUAACAGCAGUUAGCAGUUCCUACUCUACAUUUUAAGCUGCGCUGAAAGUGAAAGCUUUGGACUGACUGAGUUUAUCAUGCAAAAGAUGUCACCUUUGCCUUUCUUUAAGGACAGUCAUUUAUUGGUUGACUGACACAAAUGUAGCAAGAGGCUCUGUGCUUCUGAAAAAGAGACUUCUUUGGACUAGAAGCAACUCUGCGGGAGUACUUGGGGGCAUAUUUGUUCAUCGUCUCUACUGCCUGCACCCAUUGAGAAUUCCUCCGUUUUACUACGAGGAUGCAAAAACGAAGUAUUUGAGGUGUGAGAGUAUGAGAGGAGCAAAGGAUAACACCCAGUUUUGACCUAAGUAAUAGAAGAGAUCGUUAAGAGGGGUGAGGCUAACUGCAGGAGCAGUCUGAGGAGGACUGAGGCAUGGAGGCAGAGAGUUGGAGCUUGGUGUUGGGUUUGAAGUGCGUUUGUCUUUUGUGUGACUCUUCAAACUUUACCUGCCAAACAGAAGGCGCAUGCUGGGCUUCUGUUAUGUUAACCAAUGGAAGGGAACAGGUGAUCCAGUCCUGUGUCUCUCUCCCCGAAUUAAAUGCACAAGUCUUCUGUCAUAGUUCCAACAAUGUUACCAAAACGGAAUGCUGCUUCACAGAUUUUUGCAACAACAUAACACUGCACCUUCCAACAGCAUCACCAAAUGCCCCAAAGCUUGGCCCCAUGGAGCUGACCAUUGUUAUUACUGUGCCAGUUUUCCUCCUGUCCAUGGCUUCAGUGCUGACUGUAUGGGCAUGCCAAGGUCGACAGUGCACCUACAGAAAGAAAAAGAGAUCGAACGUGGAGGAGCCCCUCUCUGAAUGCAAUCUGGUAAAUGCUGGGAAAACUCUAAAAGAUCUGAUUUACGAUGUGACUGCCUCUGGAUCUGGCUCUGGUCUACCUCUGUUGGUUCAAAGAACAAUUGCAAGGACGAUUGUACUUCAGGAAAUAGUAGGAAAAGGUAGAUUUGGUGAGGUCUGGCAUGGAAGAUGGUGUGGAGAAGAUGUGGCUGUGAAAAUAUUCUCCUCCAGAGAUGAAAGAUCGUGGUUUCGAGAGGCAGAAAUUUAUCAGACAGUUAUGCUGAGACAUGAAAACAUCCUUGGUUUCAUUGCUGCUGACAACAAAGAUAAUGGAACUUGGACUCAGCUUUGGCUUGUCUCUGAAUAUCAUGAACAGGGUUCCUUAUAUGACUAUUUGAAUAGAAACACAGUGACAGUGGCUGGAAUGAUCAGGCUGGCACUAUCAAUAGCUAGUGGUCUGGCCCACCUUCAUAUGGAGAUUGUUGGUACACAAGGUAAACCUGCUAUUGCUCAUCGAGAUAUAAAAUCAAAGAAUAUCUUAGUGAAAAAAUGUGAAACUUGUGCCAUAGCAGACUUGGGGUUGGCUGUGAAGCAUGAUUCAAUACUGAACACUAUUGACAUACCUCAGAACCCUAAAGUAGGAACCAAAAGGUAUAUGGCCCCUGAAAUGCUUGAUGAUACAAUAAAUGUGAAUAUCUUCGAGUCCUUCAAACGAGCUGACAUCUAUUCUGUUGGUCUGGUUUACUGGGAAAUAGCCCGGAGGUGUUCAGUUGGAGGAAUUGUUGAGGAGUACCAGUUGCCUUAUUAUGACGUGGUGCCUUCAGAUCCCUCAGUAGAAGAAAUGAGGAAGGUUGUUUGUGACCAGAAGUUACGACCAAGUAUUCCAAACCAGUGGCAAAGCUGUGAAGCACUCCGAGUCAUGGGGAGAAUAAUGCGCGAAUGUUGGUAUGCCAAUGGGGCAGCACGACUAACUGCUCUUCGGAUUAAGAAGACUAUAUCUCAACUUUGUGUCAAAGAAGACUGCAAAGCCUGAUGAUGAAAAUCAUGUUAAAAAGAAAUAAUCUCACAACUCUCUUUCUCAUUUUCCCUUUUUAUGUGAAUUUUUUGCCUUUGUUUCGUCCUUGUUUUGUUCUACCUCAAAGAUAAUGCAGCGCAGUAUUUAAGUGCCCAAAGGCACCAUGAAAAAAUAACUAAAGUAAGUGUGGGCUGGAGUUGAUGUCAUCUACUCCCCAUGUUGUCUUUAAUUUUAUUUUGAAAAGCAACACAUCAGCUCAUCUUUUUAUUUAAGGAACAUAUUACAAAUGUGUAAAAUAAGCUAUAUAAAGUAAUAAAAGUUAUUAAGGUUUUAUUUUACUUGAAUCAGGAUCACAUGAAUGAAUAGAAAAAGAUAUAAAAGCCCAUUUUUUUUUUCCCCCAAGAUGAAAACUUUUCAUUAAAAAUGUGAACUGGAACAUAUUAUAUCUAAACAAAACGUUAAUUAUAUAAUCUAUGUUUUUCUCUAUUUUUUUAAAAAAAUGAAUAGGGCCUUUAAAAAAUUAAACAGUGCUCUGAAGUUUAGGAUACAAAAUACGUAAAACUAGAACUGCUUGAUCGGAAGAUGGAAGUGAGAUCAGAUCACUUACUUGGUUUCUCCUUCCCUGUCCUCCUACUCUUCAUAAUGCACAACCACAGCAGCCCCUGAGACAAACAAUCUGAAAGUCACUGAGAUUGUUACUUUCUCUUAUUUUCACAUGAGAGCCCUGACAUUUUGAAUCAUUGAGAAAUGUCCCAAAGUGACACAGCUAGUGAUAGAGCCGGCGUUAGAUCCAAAUCUUGUGAUAAUCCACAUGGUAGGUUUAGCUAGCUUCCUACUUUUCCUUUAAUUCCUAUAGCAUUUCUUCUCCCUGUGGAGAAACAACAUCUUUCAUGAUAUUUGUGGUUUAGUCAAACAGAAGGCAAAUUAUUUUGCAGAAUCGUAAUGGACCUGGAUGAACUCUCAGGACAAUAUCCACUGACAUUUUCCUCAUGGAAAUUCCAUAGUCAACCUAUUUGUUAAAUAGUUUUAAUGUUUUCUGAAUACUUCCAGAGAUUAAUCAGUCAUAAAAAUCCAUUGUCAGAGAUGUUUUUAAGGCAUUUCAGAGGUCCCUACCACCUUUGUACAUAUACAUUUAGAAAGAGGACAAGAGAGGAAGAGGUUACUAGGAGAUAUUUUGAGGAAAAAUUAAGAAAACUCUUAAAUGAAGUGUAAUAACCAAACCCAACUAAGGAUUAUCAGUAACUAUAAAGGAUAUUCUCUUGUCCUUUCAAAAUGAGCAAUGAGUGUGGAAGAAUGCUCAUGAUAAUUUUGCUUCUACUUCCUGUAGAGACAGAAGUGAAACAUUCUGAAUAGUACAUGGAACAUUAAAUAUUUUUUUCAAAUCUAUAAUUCUGCUUUGGCAAAGGAAGAUUUAACAUGGUGCAAUGUUAAAUCUUCUAAAACAUUGUUCAGAGUGUUUUUAUUCUUCUAAAACAUUGUUUCCUAAACUCUGUUCCUUAGAAUGCUCUUCUGAGAUGAUCAAAGACCAAAAGUAUUCUUUGAUAGACCUUAGAAAGUGAUACUGCAUAUUAGCAUAUUAUGUGCUUUGUGGAGUCUAGCAGUAAAAAAUGUUACUUGAAUUUCUUUAAACUGGAUUUCCCAAAUUAUUUGACCAAUGGCACUCUUUUUAUGUAAAACAGGGGAAACCUUUUAUUAGCCUACAUUUUAGUUUCUACAAAGCAUGGCUUGGGUAACAGUGUUCUAAAGGAUACACCUAUGUAGAGCACAGUCUAGUAAUUACACUUCAUUCUACUAUGAAAAUAUGUUACUGAGCCCAUCUUCAUUUGACUAGGAUGAGAUAUCAAAGGCAAGAAUCUGACAGCUCUGGUUUGCAUAUACUUUCACUCUCAUUCAUGCAGUUAUCCAUUCAUUAAAGAAUAUCUUCCUUGCCACAACUUUGGGUCCAAUAAGGAAAUUAAAAGAUGGAUAGGUUCUGUUCUCAGGGAUUUUGAAGUCUAAUUUGGGAAUAGGAACAGGGGUGUGGGUGUUUGGGGGAAGUAAAUUGGCAAAUAAAUACGAUACAAAUUAGGGUGUCUCAAAUUCUGUGUGAUGGUGGUUUUCAAAAACAAAUCCCAAUUUGCAGCGCAUUUAGAAAGUAUCUUUAUUUAGUUAUUCCAGACAAUCUAAAUUAUGUAAUCAAUUUUUAAAAGUACAUAUGGGAAGGGAUUCUAAAAAGAGCUUAUGUGAAGGGGUAAUCUUGCUUGUACUUGUUACUUUAAUUUCUCAUAGAUUGUUUCUGCAUAUAUGAGAAUGAAAUUAUUUAUGUACUAUGAUUGUGUUACUUUCAAACAAGAAUAAUAUUUUCUCUUUUAUUCAUGUAUGUUGGGUGAAUAUACUUACUUAAUUUUAAGAGAUGAUUUAAAAUCCCCAUUUUCCUUGACAUUAUGUUUUAUAUUCUAUUUGAAAGUGUCCAUAAUUCCAUAAUUUUAUUGAUUCAACUUUCACUCUAGAGAAAUCUGUACAUUUUGAGAUAUUUUUCUUGUUUUUGUGUUGGUUAACUGUACCUCCUAACUGAAUAGUCUUAUAUUUCAAUUUCCAAAACAUAUUUUUAAAGAAAAGGGGUAGGUUAACAAAAAUGAUAAGGACCUUAACUCUCAGAAUGAUUAUAAAUAGGAAAUGCUUACAAAAUAGGAUAUAGCUUAGAGCAUUAGACAAAUUUAUUGUAUAUAACCUAUGCUGUUAAACUUUAUAUUACUUCUUUUUGAUAGAGUCUUACUGUGUAAUAUUUAUUUCUUUUGAAUUUUGUUAUAAGCAAAAAAAUAUUCUUCUUAGACUCAGAGUGUCAGUGUUCUUUUCUCCUUUCAAAUAUUUUGGCUUUGGGUGUAAUGUGAAGCUUGGGAAAAUGCUAUUUAUGAAAUUUCAGUACUGUAUAAAGUGGUGAUGGAAUUUAUAUGCAGCAUCACUUCCUUAAACUAAGGGAAACAUCAUUUGUUGUCAAUAUUUCAGCAUGAACUUGUUGCCUUAUAAGUUAAGCAUUUAAGGAUGUAAUUGGUACAGUUUCUGUUGUGUGCUUUAUUCUGUCUAAAAUAUUUGGCAUGUCACAUCUAGAAUUCUUAAUUCAUAUUCUGACUUGAAAGUUAAGUGAAACAUGACUGUGUCGGGCACUAUUUUAGGUAUAGCACUUGCUUCUCAUCUUUAUACUUUCAAUUAACUUUGCAUUUUAAAUUUCCAUGAUUAUAUGAAAAUAGUAACCUGAUUCUAGUGUCUGAAGACUUCAAAAUCAGCUUUGAUUUUAAAAUGGCAAUCUACAAUAGAUUCACUAGGUUAGAUGUCCCGUAAACACUUAUUAUUUGUAAUACUUUGACCUUAGUAGGAUUAUUAAAUAAAACAAAACUACUUCUACUAUCCUGGAAUUUUGCCACCAUUUGACUUACUGGGGCAGAGAAAACUCAGGGCUAUCUUAGAAUUUAUGCAAAAGUACUGGAGAAGUCCAUGGACAGAGGAGCCUGGUGGGCUACAGUCCAUGGGGUUGCAGAGUCGGACAUGACUGAGCGACCCACACGCACUGGCACUAGAGCUCCAGGGAAACUACUAGCAAAUCAUCUGAAGGCAGGAAAUCCACGUUUGCCAUUAUGCAAAGUUCAACUUGAAAACACUUAGCAGGGAAUAGUUUCUGGUUAAUUAUUUAAAAUAAAUUUGGAAAUAUAAUUAAUUUAAAUAAAUUUAAAGUAUGGAUAUUUUAUUUCCCAUAAGGAAAUCAAGAAGGAAACAAUAGCAAAUGAGUGAAGUUAAUGUCAGUUGAUGUUUUCAAUAAUUGUUCUUUUAGAUGAAUUUACAACUGCAGCAUUUUAAGUUAUUUGGAAGUGUUUAAGAAUUAGUAUCUUAAGAUGGUGUCAUUGUGGUUUUCAAAGAGUUUAUAAAUAUUUUUUCUUUAGUGAAACAUACUACUUCUAUAUUUGAUAAUAUUUUGUGUUAAUUCCCUCCACAAGCUACUACAUGGACUUGAUGUGUUAUUUAGUAAAGACAGUAAUUCCUUUGUUCCUGAGAGUUAACUUCUAGACAGAAAAAAAUGUCAUUUGGAAUACAAAAAUUUCAUUGCAAUGUUAAAUAGAAUUUCUGUAGUAUAGAAAAUUUUCAGUGUUUUAAUGCAGAUUUUUAGUUAUUUGACUUUCUUUUCUCCCUCUAGCUUUUCUUUUUUAUUUCAUUAUUUUUCACCUCCUUUUAAAAUAUUCUCCCUCACUGUCUCCCCAAAUUAUCUUUACUCCCUAAUUAAAAAAAAAGACUAGUUACUAUGUAACUUAAUCAUGCUACUAUUUAGCCUUCUAAUGAAGGGAGAAUCCCUUAGUGGUCUAAAUUAUUUUAGAGGUGUCAGACAAAAUUGAAACCCAGUAUUUGGGAAUUGCAAAGAAUAUAAGAGAUUUUAUAAUUCAAUUCCCAUAUUUUGUAGAUGAAGAAAACAAAGAUCAGAGAUUAAACAACUGCUAGUUAUUAGCAGAACUAAUAUGAGAACCCAGUGGUGAUACCUACCACAGUGCCCUGCCAUAUCCAACAUUUACUAACUAAAAAAUAAUUAGCAUCCAUCUGCACCUACCUUGAACGUAAACUAAUGAACAUGGAAAUGAUCAAAUCUUACUUCUCUUGAUUUCUGCUAAAACAAUUUGCUCACUUAUGAUGAGAUUAGUGAGAAAAACCAAAGUAGGCUAAGGAAGAAAUGUAAAAUAGUUGUCAAGCUAGGUAGGUAGCCACUGGAGUGCUGAGUAAAAUUUAGGAAUUGUGAGAAUAUAGAAUUUCUUCUUGCAAGUAGUGAUAGGAGAUGCUUCAUGGCUCUUCUUGUCUCCUUUCUAUAGUGAUUGUUUUUUCUCUGCAUACAUUGGAGCAGGAGUGAAAAAUGAUUUGUUAAAUGUGGGACCAUGUCUAGUAGCACAUUAUCUUCUUUCUUUUCUUAGUUUCUCAUUAGCUCAUCCUCAUUCUUUCAGUGCAUUAAAAAAAUAUCUUUGCUGGAUUUCAUCAAUUCCAAUCACUGUUCAUUUAGUAUUCUAGCUCCUGUCCAGAUCGCUACACACUAAACCUCCUAACAAGACUUUAAUUUCCCAUAUCCAAAUAUGAGAACUUUCAUCUCAGGCCUUCUCUGGCAAUUUUUCAUUUGGCAUUGUGAAGAAUGUAUUUGUUAAUGGCAGAGAAGACUUUCUUUUAAAUUUUAAAAAGACUAGCAGUCUAGUUAAAUUUUAGCUUUUAGUUAAUAUGCAAGAAAUGUCUACUUUUGCCUUAAUGAUAAAUUCCACUUAAGAGAUGGUGGUGUGGACAGAGAAUGUGAAAUAUAUGUCCCAUGAUGUGAUUGCUAAAUUUCUUUCUGCUAUACUUCAUACUAUUGCUUUGUUUUGCUUUGACCAUCUCUUAAAAUUAAGCCAUUAUGCCAUAUGGUUUGGAAUAUAAUAUUAUUUUGAAAUUAAGUAGUAAUCCCCAUUGAAAAAUCCCUCUUAAUAUAACUUCCAAGAUACUUUUUAAUUCAGUCAUAGAUUAAUACAAUUGGGAGAGUAUGAGCUCUAUCUCAUCCUAGAUUUUAAUAUUUAAAAAUAUGAUUAUAUUUUCUUAUCAUUGGUCAGUGUUAUUUUACAAGAAGUUUUUCUCUCCAUAUCUAAUUGUUUUAACUAAUAGAUUUUUACCCAGAGUAGAGCAACCUGAGUAUUAGCAUAGCCACUAAGAAUCUGAUUGCAUUAAGGAAAUUAGGCCCACAUUGAGUGUCUGCAAAAUCCAGCUGGGCAUAUACUUUGCAUGAAUCGUCUUAUUUGAGGGGUAGGUAGGAGUUGAACUCCAACCUGCAAUUGGCUCUUCAACUCAUAAAUAUUUUUAUAUUUUGCAGAAACAUACCGUAUUAGCUUAUAUAUUUUCAGAAAUGGGCCUGCUUAUACAUCUUCACAAAAUGAAAACCAAAAUUUCAAAAUGGUUUCUUACAUCUGUAAAUUGAACAGAGAACCUGGAAAAAAUAAUACUUUAAAUUUUCAUGCUACAUCCCCAAGAGAGCAAAAGAGAUUGCAUGUUUAUCCUUUUGACUUAAUUUUUCAACCCAGAAAAUAGGCAGCAAGACACAGGGACCCUGAUUUUUAUAUCUCCACUGAGUUUUUAUUCCAUGCCCAAACCUAUUCAUUCAUUUUGCCUUUAAAAAGGGAAUUACUUGCCUAAAUUCUAACUAGUGCAGGAUUAGAGUGUGACUUACCUAUAUCUCCAUUUCUUCCAAUAGGCUAAAUAUAAGCAGCUAAAUAUUUUUAAAAAUCCAAUAAUUUUUUCUCUUAUAUAAAGUAAGAUUAAUUUAGAUGAAACAUUAAACUCUAGUUCAUUUCCACAGUGAUUAGUGUUAAGUUCUUAUACUCUUCUCAUCCUAUGCUGGAGAAAAUUAUUCAAACUUAAUCUGUGUUUCAGGUUUUAAGUUGUCCUAAAAACAGAAAAUUAGAUUCAGAUCUCAAAAAAAGGAAUUUUGGAUUGACUUUCAAAGUACUAAUACUAAUUAUACUUUUCUUUUGGUAGUGUGACUUUUCUUAUACCUAAGAACAUAUUACAAAUGUCAAAACCAUUGCUUUUUGACAUUGCAAAACAUGCCUUGAACUCUUGAACUACUGUGAAAAGAAUCGCUGUUGUAAAGGCUUAUUAUAAACUAGCUGAAAUUCUUAAGAAUGUAAAAAGAUAUUACCUUUCAACAGACAGGCACAAAUGAAUGUAUAUAUGAAGUAUAAAGAAAUAAAAUAGGUUUUAAAAUGAGCAUUAGACAAUAAAUUACAUGAAAAAUAUCCAGAUGGAGAUUUUAGUAGUUGCAGUUGAAUCACUGAAGCUGAAGAGAAUUCCAAAUUCCAAAGUGAAAUGAAUGAUAUUUGAAAGUUUCAUCAAUUUCUAAUCUGUGGAAAUAUGCAUUUUAUAGUAAUACAUGUAUACUUGUUUUGUUUAAAAAUAAGAGUAUUUUAGUGUUUAGUAAGAACUCAGUGAUAGCCUUCAUACCAAAAUGUUUAACUUAACCAACAGCAAAUCAUCAAAGUAUUUAUUUUAAAGCUUUUAAAAAUAUUAUUGCAUAACAAUAGUUUAUGCAAUUAGCUUUCAGCUGUCUCCAGAUGUAAAUAGAUAUUUGCCUAAAUGUUAUAUUUUUAUGUAUGCAUUUUCCAAAAAUGUAUUGUUUUGUAAGUGGCAAAGAUAAUAACUUAAGCACUCCUUGCACUUGUUUCUGUGAAGCAUAUAGAGCUCUAUUUUAAAUAAAAGCUGUCAUAUUCCAGUUU